UAGCUGCCUUUGCUCAAGGCAAAAGGCUUCAGAACAUGGAGUGCUUCCCCUUUCCAAAAAUGCCUGGGAGUUUAAUUAAACUUCUAAUAUAAACUAGCUGGCAGGAGAGAACACCUUAUCAGCUUGCUGAUUGCUUGCAAUUCCAAGUGACGAUGGGUGCCCUGGCUGUGCUUAUUCUCCCAUUGCUUGUAGUUGGAAUCAGUGGGAUAGUAUAUAUUUAUCGGUCAGUUGUUCAGCUGAUGUCAAAAUCUGUUGUGCGGAGUAAAGUUGUAGUGAUCACGGACGCUGUUUCUGGUAUGGGCAAGGAGUGCUCACGAGUAUUUCACACAGGUGGGGCUAGGCUAGUUCUGUGUGGUAAAGAUUUGGACAAGUUAGAAGCUCUCUAUGAUGCUUUAAACAGCGCGGCUGAUCCUCGUGCAACGUUCACACCGAAGCUUGUCCUUCUAGAUCUCUCUGAUGUAAACUGUGUCCAAGAUGUAGCUAAAGAAAUCCUUGACUGCUAUGGAUGUAUUGAUAUACUCAUUAACAACGCUAGUGCAAAGGUGAAGGGAACAGUGCAGAAUAUCUCCCUGGAGGUUGACCAAAAGAUUAUGGAUGCCAACUAUUUUGGACCUAUAACUCUCACCAAAGCUCUUCUUCCCAACAUGAUCUCCAGAAGAACUGGUCAAAUUGUGUUGGUCAAUAAUAUCCAGGGGAAAUUGGGAGUCCCUUUUCGUGCAGCCUAUGCUGCUUCAAAGCAUGCUGCACUGGGAUUCUUUGACUGCUUGAGAGCCGAGCUGCAAGAAUUUGGUGUCUGUGUCAGUACCGUGACUCCAAGUUUCAUACGCUCAUACCAUGUUCAACCACAGCCUAGCAAAUCAGACUCUUCAAUAUGGAAAUUCUUUUCCAGAAAAAUGGCAUAUGGAGUCCACCCAGAGGAGGUAGCAGAAGAAAUUCUGCGAACAGUGAACAGGAAGAAACAGGAAGUGUUCAUGGCAAAUCCCAUUGCAAAGGCUGCUGUUUACAUUCGCACAUUCUUCCCAGAUAUAUUUUUCGCUGUUGUUGCUGCUGGGGUUAAAGAAAAGCGGAAAACUGAAGAUGAAAAAUGAUUGUGCCUGACUCUCCUUCUCUGGCAGUAGGGUUGCCAGAGCCCCAUAUUUUAUGGGCUCACUGUGUCAAAGCCAUACAA